CUGAUUUCGUUCGUGGAUAAGAAGGAAGAAGACGUCAAGAAAGGCAAGAAGGAGAGCGAUAAGCAAUGACGAGAUCCGCAUUUUGAUUUCGUUUGUGAGAUUUUAUUUUUUUUCUUGUUUCGAAAAUAAAAAUUGUUUAUUUGUUGGAUGGUGCGACGACGGCUGUCGUUGAGCUGCACAAAAUCUAGCAGAGCAUUUCCAGCUGUUUGCUGCACCACCAAAGUUGCCGUUUUGGACAACAGCGAUGAUGUUACGCGGCCUCUCCCGCGCCAAAUAGGGCUUCCUCCUCCUAAUCCAAGUUCCAUCCUCCGCCGUCGCCGUCGCCGCACCAUGACCCGUCUCCGCGUCCGGUCCUUCCUUCGCUUGGACCGCACCUGGACGCGCUUCCUCGGCUUCGCCUUCCUCCGCCGCUUUCUCCGCGCGGUGUGGGACCGCCUCCUCCCCUGCUCCUCCUUCGCCGCCGGCGCCGCCCGAUACCGCCGCCUCAAGGCGUGCUUCUCCGCGCCUCACCUCGACCCGCCCAAUGACCCCCACCGGACCUCCUCUCCCGACCUCGAGGCUGCCGACUCCGACCUGAUCACCCUCAAGAUCAGUCUCCUCGGCGAUCGCCGCACGGGCAAAACCAGCUUCAUGAUCAAGUAUGUGGGAGAUGAAGAAGAACAUAGCGGAAUCCAGGCGGCGGGGCUGAAUUCGAUGGAUAAGAUAUUAUUUGUGCGUGGAGCGAGGAUCGCGUUCAACAUUUGGGAUGUUGGGGGGGAUGAUCAAAUCCUCAAUCAUAUACCUGAAGUUUGUAAAGGAGCGGUGGCUGUUUUGAUCAUUUUUGAUCUCACCAAUCGAUCUUCUCUAAACAACGCCAUUGGAUGGUUCCAAAAGGCAAGAAAUUGGAACAAGACUGCAGUUCCAGUCCUGGUGGGAACCAAAUUCGAUGAGUUUGUUCAGCUUCCUCUCGAAAUGCAGUGGACAAUUGUGAAUCAGGCCAGAGCAUAUGCGAGGGCGAUGAAAGCGACCCUGUUCUUCUCCAGUGCUAGCCACAACAUUAACGUGAACAAGAUUUUCAAGUUUAUAGCAGCCAAGCUCUUUAACUUGCCAUGGUCGCUGGAGAGAAAUCUAACUGUCGGAGAGCCUAUAGUUGAUUUUUAGGAGUUUUAAUUUUUUUUUUCUUUUUGUUUUUGGAAUUCUGUCUCAUUUGUUUUGGGCACUACUGAAACUUUUUUUUUUCAUUGUAAGUGCAGAUUGUAUAUCGUAAAGUAGUCUACAAAAUUUGAGUAAA